UCCCCUCCUUCCAUGUCCCAUUCCGACUAGCUCUUCUUCUCCCUCUCCUCUUCCAGUUUCCGGCAGCCGGAGAGCCACCGAAGCCGACGCUGGGGUAUGCCGAAGGUCCACCCGAAUGCUGCCUCUCCUGCCCUCGAGCUCCCGAGGCCUGCCGUCUCUUGCAGAGGCGACGCCGUGGGCCUGCCGGAGGCGGCGGUGCUGACGGUGUGGCGGAAGUCGCUGUUAUUCAACUGUAGUGGAUUUACUGUUUUUGAUGCCAAGGGAAGCUUGGUAUUCCGAGUCGAUAACUACGGGUCGGGGAGUAAGGGUGAAGUCGUGCUCAUGGAUGCCGCCGGGAAACCGCUCCUCACCAUCCGGCGGAAGAAGCUGAGCCUAGGAGACCACUGGCUGAUCUAUAACGGCGAGGAGACCGUCAACCCCAGGUUCUCCGUCAAGCGGCACGUGAACCUCCUCCACUCUAAGGCUUUGGCGCACGUGACCCCGUGCGGAGCCUGCGCCGGAGGUGAUGGCUACGAGGUCCAGGGGUCGUACUCGCAGAGAAGCUGCGCGGUCUACGACGAGCGGCGGCGGCCGGUAGCGGAGGUCCGCCGGAAGGAGGCCGCCGCCGGCGGGGCGGCGUUCGGCGCCGACGUCUUCCGCCUCGUCGUGCAGCCAGAUCUCGACGCAUCGCUCGCCAUGGCCAUCGUCAUCGUCCUCGAUCAGAUGUUCGGAUCUCGGGGCUAUCGUAUCAAGGGCUAAGAUUGAGAGUGGGGUUUCGAUCGGGGUGACGAUUGGAAGGGUCAUGGGAAAGUUUUUCUUUCCUUCUUUUCCUUUUUUUUCUUUUUUUUCUCUCUCUUUUUGGUGUUGGGAAGAGAGGAAGGAUGAUUAUGGGAGCCUUUUAUUGUGUCACGGUUUGAUUUUUUAAUAAACCAUGUACCAAUAAAAGGCAAGUGCUACGUGAGUGUAAAUAUUUUUUCUUCGCAAUGGAAAUAUUAGUAAGAGAAACUGUGUUCUUAUUUCUGA